CAAAUAGGUCACUUCACGCAGGUAGUGUGGACAACAAGUAGUCGAUUGGGGGUGGGGAGAGCCAAGACAAAAGAUGGCAAGGCCUGGUACGUCGUUUGUAAUUAUGAUCCACCAGGGAAUUGCACUCGACGCUACGAUGAGUUCGUACCGCGGCCCAUCGUUCAAACUGGGAAAAAAGUAGUUCAGGAGACAGCCCCCAGUCGCUCUAACGAAGUCGAUGACGAGGCCGAGAAAAUUCGUCGUAUGAAGAUCGAUGAUAAGGCCACCGCCAAUGCAGACGCUCACCAUUCCGCUGGUGAAGUAUCAGACUUCGAGAGGGGAAUGCUGAAACGACACAAUCACCAUCGGAGGAAACAUGGAUCGCCACUCCUAAUUUUGGAUAAGGAGUUGAGCAGGCAGAGCCAAGAAUGGGCGGAGACGCUGGCCAAAGAGAACCGCGGAAUGAAGCACCGUCCGCAAGAGAAAUACGGCGCUUGUUUGUACCAAAUCAGCGGCGAUACCUGUUCCGUCUUUCCGAAGGACGUAGUGGACUUCUGGUACAAGAAGAUGAAAGAUUUCGAUUUUCAGAACCCCGAAGGAAAUGCUGCCACAGGAGGGACUCAAGUGAUUUGGAAGGACUCUCAGCGUUUGGGAGUGGGGAAGGCCCCGACGGAAGACGGAAAGACGUGGUUUAUCGUGGCUUACUACGAUCCGCCGGGAAACGUCACAGGAAGAUUUGCCGAAAAUGUCCUUCCUAGAAGAACCUCUUCCAGCUGAGACUCAACACCCGUCCGAUCAUGCUGCCGAUAUAUUGUCCGGUUACUUCAUUGAUUCCACAAAUGAUCUCUUGAUUUUCUCGAUGUUGACUCAUGUAGAUUCGAAAGGAGCUAUCACGGUUUCCUUUAUCUAAUUUUAAAAUGAUUGUACGCGAAUAUUUUACCCCACUGAGGAUAGUACUCGUAGAAUCCCAUGUAAUCUACUAUACUAUCACGUAAUUUUGCUGGAGGAAAGUCAUUGGAGACACUGAGAGAACGCUAGGGAAACGAUAUGCUGACAUUCUUAGGACUCAUCUAGAUAUCUUUGCAUAAUGCUCAAUAUACCACUCACUUUUUUCGCAUCGGUAUACCUACGCAUCGAAAAAGGGGACGAAAAAUUGUUUUUACUGUCUCACCCAUCGUGUGAGAUACUGUUUUAUGUCUGCUCGUUCUUGAAAUAUAUUGCAACCCCCGCUGAAUCAGAAACUUUGUAGAAGUCGUUAUUUUGCUGAUGUAUUGAAUGUGACUUGAUGGGCGCCACAACCCAUACAAUUUUUCGUCAUCGGGUUCGGUAUAUGGGUUAUACCAAUGUUAAAUGUGCAUGCGGAAAAGUGAGGAUUAUAUGGAGAAAUUAACGAUACAUAUUCGAAUCUUUUCGAAUUUCAGAUAUAUUCGAAGAGCAUAGGAUAAACACCUUGGUUUUUGGCUACUAAAGCCCACUACAGAGCUUGCAAUGUCUCCUCUAGGCCUGAAUCAAACCAUAGCGAC